UAACUCUUCACUUCAGGCUGGUCCCACCGCAUGAUCGAAAGGAAAAGCUGUGUAUAAGGCUAUUCGGCGAGACAGGAUCAUGCAGAGUUGCCUGCCUGGAAUAAGGAGAGGCCUGUGUUUGGCUUGCAGGCAAUUUACACCUGUGAAUCAAACUGUAUCUAGGUUACAGCCAUAUGCCUGUAUCCUAGCAACACAACAGCAUAGAAAAAUGGCAUCCUCAAAACUUGGGCAGGCAACUAGGCUGAAUGGAACAGAGAAGAACAUAUGGGUGGAGUUUGGAAAGUUAGCUGGAGAACAUCAAGCCUUAAACCUUGGUCAGGGUUUUCCUGAUUUCAAACCACCUCAACACGUUAUUGAUGAGAUGGUAAAAGCAGUUAACUCGGACAAUGCCUUACUAGCACAGUAUGCUCGUAGUUACGGACAUCCACGUCUGGUAAAUGUCUUGGCCAAGCUGUACGGCCCUAUCAUGAAUCACGAGAUCAACCCAAUGACCGAAAUCACUGUGUGUGUGGGGGCUUAUGGUGUGCUCUUCUGUGCUGUCCAGGGAUUGGUGAACCCUGGGGAUGAGGUUAUCAUCGUUGAGCCAUAUUUUGACUGUUAUGAACCCAUGGCCAUGGUAGCUGGAGCGACGCCAGUGUUCGUACCUAUUAGACCAACAAAGAGUGGUGUUAUGUCCAGUGCAGACUGGAAGCUUGAUCCUGAAGAGUUGGCCAGCAAAUUCAACAGUAAAACAAAGGCCAUCAUCAUCAACAAUCCAAACAACCCCAUUGGCAAAGUUUUCCAGAAGGAUGAACUCCAGGUGAUAGCUGACCUUUGUAUAAAGCAUGAUGCUAUAUGUAUAGCUGAUGAGGUAUAUGAAUGGCUGACCUACGACAACUGUAAACAUGUUAAGAUUGGUGAGUUUACGAGAGUACUUUACUUAGUAAUACACAGCACCUGUUUGUCAACUUUAACUUUGUCAGUUGAAUAUAGCACUAAGUCAGGUGAAGUUGUCUUGAUCCCUACCCAGAACAGUCUGUGUUUCUCAGCUGAGGUCAUGGCCCUUCUUGUGCUGUAAUGAUUAUGUCUUUG